UGGAACGAGCGCGGAGUCCAUUAUAACUGACCUAGUGAGAUUGCUGUAUUUUAAAGUAAAGGAACAUUUGGAGUUUGCACUUGCAACCAAAGACAGCUCAGCAACAAAUUUGUACAUUUUUAUAAUAAUUUUGCCAACUAGUUAAAGUAAUAACGAAUUUCGCAAAAAAUUCCACUGCGAAAAAGUAGCAAAUUUCCCCAAAAACCUGUAUGUAUGUAAUUAAACAGCAACGGGUACUCGCAUGUCAAGAGGGGAGGUCUACAUAGCUACCACUCGUUGAAAGCAAAGUGGCAAAUCUUUAAAGUGUUGUAUGUGCGUGUGUGUUAUGUGCUUAGCACCAACGUGGCAACGAAAAAUUAUAAGUUGCAACAAUCGCGUGUAGUUGGCCUGUGACGAAGGAAGAUAUUCACAGCUUAAACAAGAUACAACAACAACUACUACUGCUACUACGGGGAAUAGCAAUAUGAAAAUCCACACAAUAUUUAGAUACACACAUACACACAUGUACAUAUAUAUUUGUAUCUAUGUUGGUAUGUAGCAAAUCGACACAAAUAAGAACAAAACAUAUGUACAAAUGUACCGAACGCUGAUGGCGAACACAGUCUGCGGAGCCAAGCAGCUGCAACAACGACGUCUCGACAACAACAUUUCGAGCAGCGCGCUGUGUGUCAUUGCGGCAACCGAGCAGCGCGCACUGUUCUCUAACCUAACCCAAAGCAAAACAACAAAAUUUAAGUUCAGUCGGUUAGUUGAUUAUUUUCGCUUCGCUUGGACGCAUGUGUAUGUGCGCGAGUUUGUCGAGUACAUUUUGCUAAUUUCACCUUGGUGUAGUACGCCUUGUCGACAACGAACAGUCGAAUAGACAGUCGAGUCGGUUUGACUGUCGAAUCGAUUGAACAGACUGCGAGACGGUCGAACAUUCGGCAUAUAUUGUAUUGCUACAUACCAACAAAUAAACCGACAUACAUGCAUACAUACAUGUGUUGUAUUUAGUUUACUAUAAAUUGUGUGUAUAUGUAUCGCGUUGUAUUGCAGUUACCAAGUGCAAGAUGGUAUGGCGAGUUGCGACGAGACGAAAUGAGAAACGUCGCGACGACGACGACGCGUUACCACCAAUUGAAAAGCAAAGCAACAGCGACAGCGGCAGCGUUAUCCGAGUAUCUUCGCUGCGUUCGUAACAACUGUCAGUGUUGGUCGCGCAGAGCGUUCAUCGUGACGUGUUUAAUCAUUUGAUCGACGGUUGAAUAAAAUUUGCAAAAAGCAUAUAUACAUACAUAUAUACACACACAUACAAAAAACAAAGAAAAAAUAUAGCAAAGAAAAGAAGAAGUGUAGAAACAAAGCAGAAAGAAAUGUAGACAUAUAAAGUGAGUGAUAAAUACACAAAUUAAUGAAGAAAUGCGAUAAAAAAUUAUAUUUAUUUAUACAUAAAAUAAAACAACAAGAAAAAAAUGCCAAACACUUGUGCAAGUGCAAAGUAAAUGUGAAAGAAAAAUAUGUGGAGAAGAGAUGUGAAGCGAAGAGCGCAUAGCAGUUGACUCGGCAAUUAACAGCACUCGAUUCACGCAAAAGAGCGAAGUGCAAGAGAGAAAGAGCGCAGCAAAGCAAAAGCAAAGGCACUGGUGCGCCGCGGUGUCAUUAGCAGCAGGCCACCACACACAAUAAUUGAAUACGUUUAUUAAGAAAAGGUGAAACAACACAGCGACUGACUGACAAUAGCAUAAUAAUAGCAUAGGCCAGGCCAUAUGUAAACGUAACAACGUAACGCGCAUGCAAGCAAACAUAUACAGUUUUUAUGUAUAUCCGAAACAUUCUGGCAAGUUCAAGUGAUAGCCGUAGCAGUCGCAAGUGACAACAGAGCAGUCGUAACGAAACGAAAUUACCGGUGUACUACGCGAACUACUGCUGCAAAGCGAAUUUUGCUCUUACUCUAGUAGGCUCCUGUUUAAAUUUUAGUUAGUUGGCAGCAUCUUGUCGCCGUCGACCGGUUUCCAAACAUUGAGGAAUAAGAGAAAAUCGAACGGUUGGAAUAGAACGGUUAACCAAAUACAAAAAAAACAAAAUUGCAAGUGCCGUGUACGAGUGAGUGUGUGAAACGGCAACAACAACAACAACAAUAACAACGAAAACCAAAGAAACCAAGCAUGCCAAACGAGAGGCUAUGAGAUUUAGUUCGUUCGGUCGGUCGUUCGUUUGAUUGCCUACCAUGGUCAGUCAGUCAUCUUUGUAAUCCCCCAAACAAAUCAACGCCGAACAGUGCACGCUUACUACACUUCGUGUAAACAUUAAUUUAUGUACAUAAAAGAAAAGAAGUAAAAACACUCGUCGGCGAGUACGUGCGGUCAAAAUUCAACAAAUUCCUUACAGCAGUUAAACUGCAAUAAAAGAAAAUCAACACAUAAAGUGGGAGAGCAAACAAAAGCAAGAAAAUCAACAAAACAGCAACAACAACAGCGCAUACAUAGUUAAUACUCUUGCUUGACUAUUGAACUCACGAAUGCCGAGUGAUUGUGCACUCGUUUGUUUACAAUACAAACAAGCAAACAAUCGUUUUUCAGUAAAUUUGUGUGUUUGAUGUUUUCGGUGACGACGACCAACUAAACGAGCAGCUGUUUCGUGCCGGUUGUUCGUUUGUUGUGUUUAUAGCGAACAGCUGAUCGCUCUUUGCCUCGCGCGACCUUAACGUACCCAAUAACAGUCAGCAAUCAGCAGCCAGCAGAGCAACGUAACAACGCUACAAAGAGAGAUAGAGUGAUAAAGAGAGCGAGUGUGUAUAAUUAAUUGAGUUCGCGUAUGUCUAAAAAGUGUUUGUGCGCGCGUGUUGUUAUUUAUUGCAGUGUGCAUGUCGUCUAAUUGUGCACAUAUGUUGCCCGCUGCUUCGGGCUUUUGUGGCGGCGGUGGCAACGGCGUUGGACUAGUUGGCAGCGGCGCCGGCGUCGUCGGUGGUGUUGGUGGUGGUGGUGGCAGUAGCAGUAGUAGCGGUGCAGGCACAUUCACAUAUAUUACAAAUACAACUGCGGCCACAGUGCCGCCCAUGUUGACCGAAAUGGUUGUGGUGGCGGCGACAGCAGCGGCAGAGCAACAGCUGCAUCGUCAUCGUUCAAAUUCGAAUUUGAUAACAACGAGUGCUGUAAAGACAGCAACGCCGCGCGGCAAGCGUCGUUGCAUGAGUGCUAAUGUGUCGGCACAACAGCAAAUUAUGGGACACACAACAACAACAACGACAACAACAACAGUGCCUGCAGCGGCGGCGCCUAGCAGCAAACGUAAUCGUAAACUGUUAACAACAGUGGCAGCGGCAGCGGUAACAGGAAAACCAACAGUUGAGAGAAUGUCCGCCGGCGCUCAAUUGCAGAUGGCACCACAGACAACUUCGUCGUUAAGCCAUCAUCAUCAGACACAGCAGCAGCACCAUUUUACCACAGCCCAUCAUAAUCCGCAACAGCAGCAGCAGCAGCAGCAACAACAAAUUUUAACGCAACAGCAACAAAUUACGCCAACACCACAGCAAUUACAACAGUUACAACAGCAACAUAUAACGCAUCAUACAGCACAGCAGCAACAGCAGACACAAGCGCAGCAACAACAAACGCAAACGUUGCAUACAAUACCUAAUCAUCAUCAUCUUCAUCAACAACAGUCACAAAUUCCACAACAACAUCCACAUAACCAACAGUUGCCUCAUCAGCAGCAAUUGUUGCCGCAGACACAUAGUACACUUGCGCCACCGCUGCAGCAACAGCAGUCAGCAGCGCUGCAACACACGCAUAGCGGUGGGCAUAGUAGUAAUCCGGAUUCUAAUAUGAGCACUGGUUCGUCACAUAGUGAAAAAGAUGUUGCCGAUAUGUUAGGUUCUGCAGGCAUUCCCAAUCAGAUAGGUAUAUUGUCCAAUAACGGAGCCCCAGGGGCUAUGAUGAGUAGCAGUGGUAUAGGCCAAGACGUAGCUGGUAUGAUGGGAGGUGGCGCAGGCGUUAGCAGCAAUCAACAGCAGCAACAAGUGCAACACAAUAAUAUGGUUGGACGUCUGGAUAAGCCUGCACGUACACCAACAGAGCGUAAACGUAAAAGGAAAUUUCCACAUACCGAAGAUAGUGGCGGUGGUGGUGGCGCUGGUAGUGGCACUGGAAGUGGUGGAAAUGGAGGUAAUAAUGCUGGAAAUGCAACAAUUGUUGGCGCCCACAAGGCAUCAAAAUCUACUAAUAUGAUCGGAACUGGCCAGACACUAAACAAAGCAAAUUUAUCAUUGAAUAUAGGUACAACAGCAGAUCGUUGCAACUUGGCUGGUGGCAAGAAUGCAAGACUAUUGCAACAUGGCAUGGAUAGCAAGAAAAUCAAUGAAUACUUCAAUAAGCACAGCGUAGCGAGUAGUGGUGCCACAAAUAGUCCAAUGCGUCAACACACGGGUGGUUCAAAGAGUCCCUCCGCAGGUGGUGGACCACAGCAACAAGCGCCGCAACAACAGGUCCAGAACACUGGCAAUGCUGGCGGUGGUACUAGUACGGGCGCAUAUGGCAUGUAUCCUCCUAGUCCUCAACAGCUGAACACAGGCGGUGUACAAACACCCACAUCCCAAGCACCACCCGAAUUCCAUUACCACAGUUCUGUGGCGGUGAAUAACGCUACAAAACAACAACGUGUGGCACAACCACAAACUUCCAAUGCAAUGGUUCCUCCUCAGUCGGCAAUAGUCGGUGUGUUGGCCAACAGCAUGGGAGGCUUAGGUGCUGGUGUCGGUGUCGGUGGACCACCUCCUCCUCCUAUGGGUCCGGCGCCGCAGCAACUUAUACCCGCAACAUCGGUAGCCACGUCGGCGCAACAAACGCUAACAAGUGGCGUAACCUCGCAGCAGCUAGCCGCUGUGCAGCUAAAUUCACUGCAGCAUGCCGGCAUAAUACCGGGUGCAAUGGGUGGUAUGCAACCGCCAUUGCAACCGGUACCGGCUAGCACCAUAACAAAGGGCACGCAAACAGAACUCUCCUUCUUGGAGAUAAAGGAGCGUGACACCGAGAUCGAAUCGAGCAAGUCGAAGCUCGACGAGAUGACAAGACUGUCCGAUGAGCAGAAAUGCCAGAUAAUUGCUCAUCAGAAGCUGAUCGACCAGCACAAGUCGCAAAUCGCCAAGUGCAUUGACGUGGUGAAGAAAUUGCUUAAAGAGAAGAGCAGCAUCGAAAAGAAGGAAGCGCGACAGAAGUGCAUGCAAAAUCGUCUGCGUCUGGGACAAUUUGUGACGCAGCGCGUUGGCGCCACAUUCCAGGAAAAUUGGACCGAUGGCUAUGCUUUUCACGAGCUCACACGACGGCAGGAGGAGAUAUCAGCCGAACGCGAAGAGAUCGACCGUCAAAAGAAGCAGCUGAUGAAAAAGCGACCAGCGGAAUCGGGACGAAAACGCAACGCCAAUAGCAACAAUAGCCAGCAACAGAAUUCGAAUUCGAAUGAUUCGACCAACAUUGCGGGUUGUGAUCGUUUGACGGGUGGCGGUGACAGUGGUAUCGGCUCGACUGCUGGCGGUGGUGGUGCUGGUGGCGGCAGUGGUCGCGGUCUUUCACGUUCCAAUUCCACACAGGCCGGCCAAACGCAACUGCUGCACAAUGGCGGCGGCAGCGGUGUGGGCGGUAGCAGUGGUGUCGGCGAUCGUCUCUCCGAUAGAGGUGGCGGCGGCAGCAGUGGUACAGGCCGCGGCGAUAACAGCGGUGGCGGUGAUGCAACGUUCCUUAAACCCGACCCUGUCUCUGGGGCAUACACAGCGCAAGAGUACUACGAGUACGAUGAGAUCUUGAAGCUGCGGCAGAAUGCGCUCAAGAAAGAGGAUGCCGAUCUGCAGCUGGAGAUGGAGAAAUUAGAGCGUGAGCGUAAUCUGCAUAUACGCGAACUGAAGCGGAUAUUGAAUGAAGAUCAGUCGCGCUUCAACAACCAUCCAGUGCUAAAUAAUCGGUAUUUGUUGCUUAUGCUGCUCGGCAAAGGUGGCUUUUCCGAAGUGCACAAAGCAUUUGACUUGAAGGAGCAACGUUAUGUAGCGUGUAAAGUGCAUCAACUAAAUAAGGAUUGGAAGGAAGACAAGAAGGCCAACUACAUCAAACACGCCUUGCGAGAAUACAAUAUACACAAGGCUUUGGACCAUCCACGUGUGGUCAAGCUCUACGAUGUGUUCGAGAUAGACGCCAAUUCGUUUUGCACCGUACUCGAAUAUUGUGAUGGUCAUGAUUUAGAUUUCUAUCUAAAACAGCAUAAAACUAUACCCGAACGUGAGGCGCGUUCGAUUAUUAUGCAGGUUGUUUCGGCUUUGAAAUAUUUGAAUGAGAUUAAACCACCAGUUAUACACUAUGACCUGAAACCAGGCAACAUACUAUUGACUGAGGGCAAUGUGUGUGGUGAGAUUAAAAUCACCGAUUUUGGUUUGUCUAAAGUGAUGGAUGAUGAGAAUUACAAUCCAGAUCAUGGCAUGGAUUUGACAUCGCAAGGCGCGGGAACCUAUUGGUAUCUGCCGCCUGAAUGUUUUGUUGUUGGCAAGAAUCCGCCGAAAAUCUCAUCGAAAGUCGAUGUUUGGAGUGUUGGUGUCAUUUUCUAUCAAUGUCUCUAUGGCAAGAAACCUUUCGGACACAAUCAGUCGCAAGCCACCAUACUCGAGGAGAACACCAUACUCAAAGCCACAGAGGUACAAUUCUCUAAUAAACCAACUGUCUCCAAUGAAGCCAAGAGUUUCAUACGCGGUUGCUUGGCCUAUCGCAAAGAGGAUCGUAUGGAUGUGUUUGCUUUGGCGCGACAUGAGUACAUACAGCCACCCAUACCUAAGCAUGGGCGUGGUCAAUCGCAGUUAACGCAACAACAGCAACAGCAGCAGCAACAACAGCAACAGCAACAACAGCAGCAGCAACAGCAAUCGACCACGGCACAAGCGAAUUCCGCUGGACAGACAUCGUUUUCGGCGGGUAUGUUCGGUAAUUUGAAUCAGUCGAGCUCAUCCUAGCUGCAGACGAAACGAAACUCAAAUUCCUAAUUGCUGAUGCUGAUCGCGAGUAAUAAUAAUAAUAACAACAACAAUAACAAUAAUAAUAGCAACAACAACAACAACAACAACAAUAUUAGUAGUACCAACAACAAUAACAACAACAAUAGCAGCAACAACAACAAUUAUUGUAGUAGCAAAAGCCGUAAAUAUCAUUUUAACUACAAUGGUAGCAACAACAAUAAGAACAACAACAACAGUAACUACAAUAACAACCAAAAUCAUCACCAUCACAAUAAUUACAACAAUAGUAAUUGCAAUCAAAGUAAUAAUAGCAUAAAAAUGUUAACGUCUGGCGAGCUAAAUGGAUCCCUCGAGCCAACAGUCUUGGAGAAUACGCAAAUAUGCGUGUAUACGCAGCGUAAAAACGAAGCAGCAGCAAAUGCAAAUAACACAGCAAUAACAACAAUUGCUACAGAGCAUUACAAUAGCAACAGCAACUUGGCCACACAGCCGCCACAGCGGCAUUUGAAACGGCGACGACAAUGUGUUGCUGCAGCUGGCAGUGGACGUAGCAUGGUGGCACAGCAUGGCGGACGCGGACGCUGUAACAGCAUUAGCGCAAUUAGUCGUCAACUGAAAUCGUCAAUGUCGCCCAACAGGCAUCAUCAGCAUCAGCAUCAACACUGCCGCAAACCAGACUUGUAAAGCUACAAUACAAGCGAACAACAACAAAAACAAAAAAAACAAUGCAAAUGAAAUCAAUGAUGCUCGAUGGCGGCAAGCGUUGUUUAUGCGCGCUAAGUGUGUUGCUGGCUGUAAACGCUUACUGAAAAUAUGCAAAAAAUUCUUGUUGUAAAAAGAAAAAAGGUAUCAAAAUUAUUUCGAAAAAAAUUAAGAAAAUAGAAAAUGUGAUAAAUAUACUUGAAUUUGGUCAAAUGCAAAUAAUCGAUCGGCAGCAGUGCGUGCGGUACGCUUGAAAUGCGCUUAAGUUUGCAACGCUAAAAACGGUAAAUGUUUUGGUGGCGAGUUUUUAAUUUUUAGUUAAAUUUAAUUUUUAUUUUCGUACUCAAAACUGUGUGCACUCACCGAAUUUAGUGUUGUUGAAUUUUUGUAAUUUCGAAAAAUUACCGCUAUGUGGUGUCGCACAACACAAAUUGAAAGUGAAUACACGUUUGUUACGUAAAAGAAUACGUUACAUUGGCUUGCAGACGGUUCGUUAAAAAAAUAUUGAUUCAUUGAUUGCUUGAAUGCUAUUUGAAAAAAAAUGCAUGUUUACUUGCGUUUAAUUUCCAAUUUUGUUGUGCUAUUUUAUAUAGAAACGUUUAUAUAAAAGCCUUGAAAUGCCUUUGAAAUGCCAAACGGUACGCAUUUUUGUUUUAAAAUAGCUUAUUAAGUUUCCUUUUUGUUUUUUUUUCUUAUAAAUAAGUUGCAAAACACAUUGUACAGUAAUAUUAACUCUAAUGAUUAAACAGUUCAAAUUCGAUUUUUGCUUGAUUUAAAGCUUAGGCGCGCGCGUUGUGGCGGUGGUGUGUUGUCGGUAUUAAUUUGUAUGUAACUACUUACGUUGGUUUAUAUUUCACACCGAAAAUGUACGAUUUUCAUUUUCACUCUGACAAUUUUCGUAAUUUCGAAAAGUUAAAAAAUGUUUUCCUCUACUUAGUUACGUUACGUAAACGCGUUUACGACACACUACUACGCUGUAAGCAUGGAGUAAAUUUUGCAAGCGUAAAUGAUGUGACACUAUAAUUAAAUAAUAUUGAUAAUGAAGAAGUGCACAAGCGAAGCAAGUUGAAAUCAAAUCAUAGAAAUUCAAGUAUAACAAACGUAAUAGCAGUUAUCAGUAGCAUUUGCGGUAAUGACUAGGUUAAGAAGCUAUGGAAUGCAUGAAUUCCAAACAAAAAUUGUAUAUUGUUGAGAAACGGUGCGAAUACGUUGAAGAAAGAGAAGAUAAUAGAGAGAAAAAAAUCAGAAUUAAAAAUAAAAAACACACACACACACAAACAAACAAGCAUAAGCAUAAAAUACAAAAAUAAAAAAUAAAAAUUAAAAUUAAAAUAAAUAGAAAACGCGUCAGCAGCAGCAAUAGCAGCAGUAACAAAAUAAUAUUAACAACAACAAAAACAAAAAAAAACAUUUAGUAAUCGCGCACGCAAACUUAGGAUUAUUUCUAUUUAGCAUUAACACACAUACUACAUUAAACAUUAUAUAUAUAUAUAUAUAUAUAUAUAAAUAAAUAUAUAGAAAUCUACAUAAGCAUAAGAUGAUUGUAAUGAGAUAUAUAUAUAUAUAUGUAUACAUAUAGGAAAAGCGAGCGAAUGUGAGCGGCGUAAAAAACAAAAACAGAAAAACUAAAUGAAAAAAACAAAAAAGUAUAAAGCGAUAAUUGCAAAUAUCGUGAAAAAGUGAGAAGAGAAAUGCAAUUAAUUAUAAGUUAAAAUGUAGAAUUUGUGAAAGCGUUGCGAAGCGCAUGAAAAAAAAAACGAAUGCUCUAGAUAUGAUAAAUAUGGCUAAUAUAGCCAGUGUGUAGGAGGAGAGGGGAUGUGUGGUUUGGUAUGCGGCGAGUCUCAGUGUUUGGUGCUGAGCUAGUGGCCGCAAACCACAUUUUAUUAUUAUUAUUAUUAUUAUUAUAUUAUAUUAUUAUUAAUUAAUUAUUAACAAUUAACUAUUGAUGAAUAGAGAGAGUACAGCAUAAACUCAACAACAAUAUAGAGUUUACGCUAUGAAAGAAACACACAAUAAAUGAAAGGAGGAAUGCAUAAGUGAAAAAAAAUGAAAAUUAAAAAUACACAAUUAUAAUAAAGCAAAAUAUUGAUAUAAAACAAAAAACGAUGGAAAUUUUGAAAACAAAAAUCAAAAACAAAA